UCCAAAAAACCGGAAUGGCAUUCAAUGCCAUAUUAAUUCAUCUUUCAUCUUUCCCAAUUUCUUCGACUGUUGAAUGCAUUCUGCAGCGCAGAACGGACCAAACACGAGCCUUUACUCCUCAUUAUUUACUUCUCUGCUCCACAUUCAACUUCAAGACUCACUCUCACAACAAUUUAAUGCUCACUUUCUCUUUUCGCCAUUAUUAAUAGUAUAUUACGGAGCAUUUAUGGAGAUGGGCCAGCGAAAUGGCACUCCACUGCUUCUUAUCUCCGCGCAAUUUCUGGAAUUAUUGACAAACCCUUCUUCUCUGCAAAUAUUUCAAUCUCUUGAGGUUUCUGUUUUCCUUCGUUUAAAAAAGAAAUUUUCUGAUCAGUCUCGGGAAUGAAGUUUCUUAGGUGCUUUUCAGUUCUCUUCUUGGUGGCUGGGGCAGCUUCCAUAUACGUCGUCUGUUCUUCCAAAGAUUCUGCAGCUCUGACAUGGCCGGGGAAUGAUAUGACAUCAACAGCGAUUAACAACCGGAAGCUGAUGAAGGAUGCUAGCAAUGCCCGAAGUGCUUAUAAUGGCGAUGGAGGCAAAGCAUAUACAGAUGAUUAUGGCCCAAUCGAUCCGGUACCAAAUUCCAAAGCUUCAGUGAGACCGGGACCCAUACAGCAUGGUACUCCUCUCAUGCCUUAUAUUCCUAUCCCGUCGCCCCCUCCAAGUUCCUCAGCAUUUUUCGGGAUUCCUUAGCCAAACUCCUGAUCUCUGCUUCUGUGUAAUCUAUGGUGAAAGGCGUGAUGACUAUUAACUACUACUCCAUGUUAACUACUUGUGGCUUAUCAGACCAUGCUUUGUAUGAUAUUGCUAUGCUUUUCUUGUAAAUUCUGGGUGGUGCUAUGUGUGUAUUGUUAAGGAUUGCAGGGUGUGCAAUUCUUGAUUCUUAGUCCAUGGCUUCCAAAAUAUGUACUUGUAUGUUUGAAGUUUGAACUGAAUGGAGUGAAUGCUUAUGUUGUUGCACAAUAUUUGUUAUAUAUGUGCUCUGGAGGUGAGCACUAUUCACAAUA